UUUGAUUUCAAUCAUCUCUUGUAUAGCUUUGUAUCUAUUGUUAUCAUGCAAUUUGAUUUCAUCGUGAGAAUUUCAAUCAUUUCCGGGUAGAUGUAACUGAAAGCGACAACAAGCAACUGACGAAAUGAACAAAUUGCUUGGCCGAGACGUAAUGAUUGCCCUCAAAAGUGAUGUUUAUAUUGGGACAAUUACAUUGUCAUCUGAUCGAUACAUAAACAUACAGGCAAUGGAAUUUAAAACCGCUACAAUGAUUAAGACCAAAAUUUAUGUGAAUGAAAUGACAUUCAUGAAGCCAUUGAAGACUCAGAAUCAAAUUAAAACCGACGACUGUAUGGAUUUUACGCUACAAGAACUCACACGAAUGUCAUCAAUACUGAGCUCGUAUGUCGCCAUUCAAAGUUUUGACUCGAUAUACCACACUGCAAUCGAUGAAAUUGAAUCCGAAUCAUUCGUUGGCUUCUACAUGACUGGAAUAGAUAGAGGCAGAUUUGCAGACAGUUCCUUAGUGGCCAUAAGCACAUCGAAGACGAUUUUUUUGUUCGACGUCCAACUUAUGGGACGUAUUGAAACGAAAAUAAAAAAUAUUUUGGAGGCCAACACACCAAAGAAAAUUGUACAUGACGCUUCCCGGACGGCAGACCAUUUGAAGCAUAAACACGACAUACAUUUAAGUGGAGUCUUUGACUCAUUGGUGGCCAACCGCUUUAUCGGAUUGGAGAAAAAGCGUCUCACCCUCGGUGAAUGUCUACACGAUCAGCUCGGAUUGCCCGAAACAUUUUUGAACGGAGACAUUGAGGACCGGCAAUGGAAUCGAAGACCAUUGUCGUCAGCGGCCAAAGGCUUUGCAGCCCAAAAUGUGUUGUUUCUACAAAAAAUGCAUGCGAAACUGACCCGAUCCGCAUUGAAGAUGUAGAUUGGAGCUGUUUGCUAACCAGGUCGACGAAGUGGAAAUUCUGGAAAUAUUUUUUUUCUUUUGUAUAAUUUACUCGCGAGUUCAUUUCGUUUUCGAUUUAUUUCCAAUUUCACAGCAGUAGACCUAUAGUUGGAAUUUAUUUUGUAAUUACAAUUUUUCCCAUGAAUAUAUUUACUGUUACUAAAAAAAA